UCCCUUUAAUUGGCAUGUACCAAGUAUUUCCAGGUUACAUGUCCUCCCCAAGUCCCAGACCUUAGGAAUCACUGAUCUGAGACCCAGUCGGAGGAAUGUAGAGAACGCGUUGUAUUUGGCGGGAGCCCUGGGCCGACGGGGAGCGAGGGAGGGCGCGGGGCCGAGGCGCACCUUGACGGACCCUCCCCGCCUCGCGCCGUAGUCCAGUCCCAAGAUGGCGGCCACCAUGAAGAAGGCGGCUGCGGAAGACGUCAAUGUUACUUUUGAAGAUCAACAAAAGAUAAACAAAUUUGCACGGAAUACAAGUAGAAUCACAGAGCUGAAGGAAGAAAUAGAAGUAAAAAAGAAACAACUCCAAAAUUUAGAAGACGCUUGUGAGGACAUUAUGCUUGCCGAUGACGACUGCUUAAUGAUACCUUAUCAGAUCGGUGAUGUUUUCAUUAGCCAUUCUCAAGAAGAAACUCAAGAAAUGUUAGAAGAAGCCAAGAAAAAUUUGCAAGAAGAAAUUGACGCCUUAGAAUCCAGAGUGGCAUCAAUCCAGCGGGUGUUAGCAGAUCUGAAAGUUCAGUUAUAUGCGAAAUUUGGGAGUAACAUAAACCUUGAAGCUGACGAGAGCUAAACAUUUUAUAAUACUUUUUUUAAUUUGUUUAAUAAACUUGAAUAUUGUUUAAAAUGAUAAUUUCCCUUCUUCAAAUGAUAUGGAAAGCAAAACUUUUUUUAAAUUUUUCAUUUAUUUAAUGGAAACUUGCCUAUUUUCACAUGUCUUGCUUAUUUAUUUUAUAUUUUUAAAAGAAGACAGUAUUCAUCGAUGUAUUUUGCAUAACACUUAUAUCAAGUGUAGGGGCUUUAUGUCAUGUUAUUAAAAUCAGUUACGCACUCUUUUAUGUUUCUCUAUUAUCAUUUAGAGUAUUUGUGCAGUUUUUAUUUAUAAGAAAAUUGAACCGUUGAACGUGUCAUGCUGUUUAUCUGUGUCUAUUUCAGUUGCUACUUAGAGAUGCUGAGAGCACCACAGAAAGUUUCAGUCCUACAUCUGUCUCCUUGUACUCACUUUAGAAGUAAAACUUUGUCAUAUACUAAAACAUAUGUAUAUAUUUGAUCGACAUAUGUGUAGCAUGUAUUACAUCUAAACAUAUAUUUCAUGUAUCUCUCUCAUACAGAUCCGUGUCAUAGAUCUUGGUAAUAGAACAAAUGAUGCUGAGAUAAGUUGACCCAGGCGCAGCGUCACACAUAGAGCAGAAGACCAGAAGAACAUGGUAGAAACCAAGAAUUCUCUCAAUAGAAAGAUGUUUAGUGUUUUAUUUUAAUUGUAAGUUUUAGACUCUAUUUUAGUGCUUUGUAAUUCAUUGGGGUUUAUGUUAGUGGGGGUUAAGCAGCUGUGUGUUUAAAAAUAAGGAUUUUUCUUAAAUAAAGAGUAGGAUUACUCCC